GCAAAAAUGUCAAAUUAUUUUGAGAACAGCGAUCGCAUUUUUCACUUUAAAAGCGUUUUUUAAAUAAUGAGUUUAUAGCUUUUGUGCCGAAACUCUUUGUUUCUAGUAACGUUUGUUCUAUUUGAUGAAUUUUAGAACUUUUGUUUAAACGUUGAAUAAUUGUGAUUAUUCAGAAAAUGGCUGACGAAGAAAUUAAUGGAGACACUGACGAAAUUCAGCAUGAUAAAGAUAAAACCCAGAAGAAAACUGCCAAACACGAUAGUGGAGUAGCUGAUUUGGAAAAAGUAACAGACUAUGCAGAAGAAAAAGAAAUAUCCUCGCAAGAUAUAUCUGGAGCACUUUCAUUAAUCGGUGAUAGAAGAAAUAAAGAGGCGGCUGAACGAUUGGAAAAAGAGAAGGAGCUUCAAAAAGUUUCUGUCAGAAAAGAUGAUAUUGAAUUAAUUGUCAAGGAAAUGGAAAUCUCUAGAACAUUAGCCGAAAGAACCUUACGUGAACACAGAGGUGAUGUGGUGGCGGCAUUAACAACACUUACCAACUAACAAUGUGAUAAGGUUAAUAUAUUUUAUUCCCAAAUCAAAAUUUACAAUGGUUACAUACUUGUAACAUUUUCAAAUAGAAUUUUGUAUACCAU